AUGGCACCGGAAACGCUUCCAACAACGUCUCCAACUGCCUCGGAUGGAGCGACCGAGGAGGAGGCCGACCUGUCCUUGAGCUCUUCCGCUCUCGACCAGCUGAACAACCCCGAAGCCAAGACGCUGCUCGAUACUAUCGACAGCCUUCGAGAUCUGCACAUCGGCGACAUCGUCAGCUUGCCACAGAUCAUUGUCGUUGGCGACCAGUCCUCCGGCAAGAGCUCCGUCCUCGAGGCGAUCUCACGCAUGCCCUUCCCGGUGAAGGGUGAGCUCUGUACCCGCUUUGCUACCGAGCUUGUCCUCCGCAAGGCCCCCAGGACGAGCAUAAACGUCAGCAUCCAGUUCGCCAAUGUCAGCCUCUUCGACCCGAGGCCGCAGCAAGGGGCGUCGAGCGCGUCGCAGUGGUCGACUUUCGACGAGGACGCUCUGCCCAAGAUCAUUGAGGAAGCUAAAGAGCGCAUGGGGAUCCGCGCGGGCUCGUCCAAGGGCUUCUCCAAGGACAUACUGCGCAUCGAGAUCUCCAGCCCGAGAGUGUACCCCCUCACUCUCGUUGAUCUCCCUGGCUUCUUCCACAGUGCGACUGCAGAUCAGUCACAGGAAGGCAAACAGGUCGUUGAUCAGCUGGCCGAGUCGUACAUGAAGCAGAAGAACAGCAUCAUCCUGGCAGUGGUGUCUGCCAACAACCAACUGGCCAAUCAGACGGUCCUUGAAAAGGCCAAGAAGCACGAUCCAGGAAGAGAGCGGACGAUGGGCGUCAUCACCAAGCCUGAUCUCCCACUCCGGGGCUCUGCAGACGAGAAGAAGUUCCUGCAGCUCGCCAAAGGCCAGGAGAGCAUGCAUAAGCUCUCUCGGGGCUGGCAUGUGCUUAGAAACAGAUCCGAAGGCGACGAGAGUGCGGACGCCGAUGCUCGCGAUGCAGCCGAGGAACGGUUCUUCCAGACCGGACCAUGGUCGACUUUGAGCUCUCGAGAUCGAGGCAUUGACUCAUUUCGGAAGAAGCUUGCCACUGUACUCUUGCAACACAUUCAAAAGUGCCUUCCGAGUCUCGUCUCAGAGAUAGAGUCCAAUCUUGAGUCCCGGCAGACAGAGCUCGAGCGAUUGGGCAAGGCCCGGAGCACCCCGGAAGAGCUCAGAUCGUAUCUCCUUGGCAUCAGCGAGCAGUACCAGCGCAUUGCCAGAGACGGCGUCGAUGGCAAGUACAGCGAUGCCUUCUUCGGGGGUCUGGACCAGGACCAGAUGAAGCUGAGAGCCAUACUGCGCAACUUCAACCGUGCGUUCAACAAGACUCUGCGUCUCAAGGGGUCUAAAGUCAGCAUCAAGUGGAAUGACGCCGACAAAGGUUCCGACUUUGUGCACCACAUGGAGAAUGACGACAAAUUGGACUUCCUCGAAGGCUUUCUCGCCCUCUACGACUUCCCAGACCCAGAGCCCUUGUCUGAAGAGGAGGUACAUGAAGAGUUGCAGCUAUGCGCCUCCAUUAAUCAGGGGAGAGAGUUCCCGGGUUCGCCAAACGCAGAGUUGAUCAUGUCCUAUUUCCGCAAGCAAUCGGAGCCCUGGUUAGGCAUCGCUGAGCGGCACGUGAACUUGGUCACGGACUAUUCGCGGGCCUUCGUCGAGCAGCUGUUCAGACAUGUGAUUGGCAAUGAUGACAAGACCCUCGGAGCUGUACUCUGUUCCACCGCCGACCCCUUCUUUCAGACCGCCAGGGAACUGCUGAAGGCCAAGCUGCAGGAGCUGUUUCGUCCGUACAAGCAAGGAUAUACUCUGACGCUGGAUGACGAGUUCCAAACACUGCUGGAUGAUGUGACUGUACAGAAAUUGGCAAAGAGGGUAGCAAAUGUGCUGUGUGACGAACACGCCGUAGACGCCAACCCGAGAGGCAUCACUCAUAAACAGAUCGAACAGACCCUCUUAAAGUCACGCGACAUUCAGAAGUCUAGCGAGUUCGGCACUGAGCAGAUCAUCGACAUGACGACUGCCUACUACAGGAUGUCCCGACAGACUUUCACUGAGAAUGUUAUCAACCUCGCCGUCGAGAGCUGCUUGAUCUUCAACAUCCCCGAUAUCCUGACCUUUCAGAAGGUCAACGCCAUGAGCGAGGAUCAGCUCCGGCAGCUGGCUGCAGAGUCCGAGGAGGUGCUGGCAGAGCGUGAGAUGCUCCAGCAGCAGGCCGGCCUUCUCCGGCAGGCUCUUCAGAAGUGUCGCCAGUACGGCCGCAGGGAAAUUAACGGGAUGCCCUCGACCUUCUCGAACCUCAGCCCUGCAGGGACAUCGCGUAGACAUGAAUCAGGACCUCGCUCCCCCAGGCCGACUGCAACAGCCAACGGAAAAACCUCCACAGCAAUGACCAACGAUAAUGGAAGCGCAGUCCCCACGCCAGGCCUGUUCUCUACCGCAAGCACUCCAGCUCCAUCGCCAUCCUUCUCUCCUGAAGCCACUCGCCAGCCUUCAAGCUCCCCAUUCGGCAUAAUCCCCACUGCACCAACCUCGGGUCUAUUUGGAGGCGGUCUCUCUUCAACCACAACUCCACCUACAGGUUUUGGCUCUGGUGGCUUGUUUGGCGGUAGUCGGGCCAGUACAAGCAACAAUGGUAGCGGGUUUUCUUUCGGAAACCCCCCACCCACGUUUGGCCAACGAUCAUGA